UGUUGCUGCUACUUUAUUACACAUUUAUACUAAAAAAAACAUUAAAUAUACUAUAUUUACAGCAUGGCAUCGUUUGUGACCGAAGUUCUCGCCAGCUCUGGCAAACUGGAGAAAGAAGACCUGUCCAGUAAAAUCAGCAAAAUGUCUCGGAAGGUGGAGGACACGAAGGAAGAAGUAUGCGACAUGCUAAACAAGAAGUAUAGUGACUUCCUGCCAAGUCUUCAAGCGUCUCAGGAGCUGAUGGUUCAGGUCGAUGAUGUCUCCAAAGAAAUGGACUCCCUUAAAAACUACAUUGAGAACGAGGUGCAGCAGAAUAUCCACGUGGCUGUGACGGAGUAUGCGAAGCUAAAGCAGCAGCUGGAGAAAAAUACUGUCAUCAUUUCAAUGCUUGGACACCUGAAAGAGUUUCACAACGCGAUGGAGGAGUCCAGCAAAGCCUUACAGGAGAAGAAGUACGUGGAUGCAGCCAAGCAGCUGGAGAGGGCGCGGGCCAGCGUGGAUUCACUGAAGGGUUGGAAGAUUUCCCAGAUGCCUCUGCUCAAAGCUCUGAGCUCGGAGUUGACGGUGCAGAGAGAAAACUUAAUUUACCAUCUGGGAGACGAAUGGAAGCGCCUCGUCGUCUGGAGAUUACCGUCCUCCAAGG